AUGCAGAAGUUAUCCUAUUUGGAUGGUAUGCACAGUUGUCUUAUGCAAGGGAUGUAUGUGGGUCAAAUGCUCAAUAUGGGGGGUAAAGGUACCACAUUCAAUAACUGUGAGUUCCACAUUGUUGAUGUGACUACCAAUGGAGGCUCACUCGGGAGAUCUAAGGGUGUCCCAACAGCUAUGAAGGCAGUUGUGGUUCGUGCUACAAGGUACAUAUUCCCUGGUGAAGAGCUUUAUGUUUCGUAUGGUGCCUCCUUUUGGAACAAGCAGGGUGUAGUAUGUCUGGAGCCCCCACCGGUACAUUGGCCUCUACCCUUGGAACAGAUAUUAUCUCAACAAUACGGUGGCUCGGAUCUGGAAGACUCUAGCCAUACUCUUGACGAUCCAAUCCAUAAGCUACCUCUUGAUGAGAUAAAGAUUGAUACUGAUCAAUUGCUCAAUCCUACUCCCGAGUCAGAAGAGUUCGUCUGCAAGAUCUGCCAUACCUACAUUGUUGGCUGCCAUCCCAAGAUCACAAAGUGCUCACAUAUGUUCUGUGGGGACUGUCUGGAAGAAUGGAGCCAAAUUCAACCUACCUUCCGAAGUUGGGUCCAGGUGGCCAGGACUGCCGGCCAAGCACGAAAUGUUCCGUGCCCGGUCUGCAAGACUCCCCUCAAUGAUAAGAAGGAGAUAUUUUCUAUCAACCCACCGGAUCCCCAGCGGCCAGAGUGUCAGUCUAUAUGGAAGAUGCUCUCUAGUUUGAAAAUAAAGUGCCAUUAUGACCCAGACUUUGAUCCCACUGGUAGUUGUCACUGGACAGGAACCUAUUCUACAUAUCAAGCACAUGCUAAAGAAUGCAGAGCGUGUAAGUCAGGAGUCGUGAUAGCUCCCAACACCACCCAACCCGGCUUCCAUACUCAGACUGAUAAAGCAGGCAGUGACGAGGAGUCGGAACAUGAAGGGCAGUGCCAAACAGCCAAGAUCCAUACUGUUAUGAUACCGUUCGAAGGGGCUAAGGCCAAUAGUCAGGAACUAGGAGGCCAUGUCAUAUCCGUGGGGGUCCAUGAUCAAGUUUCAGUUGACGACAAGAGCGAGAAUGGUCUGUGGGUGCACGGGACCAACAUAACCCGUUCGAGCUCCGAAGGAUGGUUUCCUGCGUAUUGCCUCAAGCGGUUGGAUGAAUACGUCGAGUCUGAAGGUCUCGUGCCUUCGGGAGCUCAGCCUAUAGCCAAUGCUGAUAGAGAAGUUCAAGGUUCUGCUGCCGCUGAAGCUGCUGCUAAGAUGCCAACAGUGUUGGCCGAGAGAGCAUCCAUCAUACGUGAUUUCGAUCCUCACACGAUCAUGAUUGGAAGCGAUAGUCUAGAUCAAUUCCUACCGGUAUCAGAAGGCGAGGUCGUCGUAGUGUGGCAGCGUAGAGCCCGUGCUGGAUGGAAUCUGUGUGUAUCUGGUGAUGGUUCUAGAUUGGGUUGGGUCCCUGAUAACAGAUGCAAAACUAUUCGGGAAGGUAUGGGAUACGCUGUGACCGAAGCUGGUGUGGUAACAUCACCUAGUGCUCGACAAAGUCGCCCCAGUUCUGCUCAUGCCGGAGGUGGCAAGAUGCAACAUAAUGCCCCUAGCAUCGCUUCGACCUACAUUGCCCGGAGGGCCUACGAUUCUAAUGACAGGCCGAACGAGCUAUCCAUUAUGAUUGGCGAUAUAAUAUCGAUCAGGGGAGGGAUAUCUCAUCAAACAAUCAAUGGAUGGACUUUGGGUACUGUUGUGGGCCAGGGUGGGAAGAAAGAAGGAUGGUUCCCUAGAUGGGUAUUGAAGGAUCAAACCAAGACGGCCCCUACAGUGAAUAAGAAGGCCCAAUGCGCUAUGUGUGGUACCACAUGCUCAGCUGUUAAUACAGUCCUGUAUGGAUCCGGUAGCCAAGAUAGCAGCAUAAGGCAGCAGCAUUCUAGACCAGCUCCUAAGCAAACGAUGAAGAUGGAUGAGUUCUGCAGCCGGAAGUGUUGGGAUAGAUAUGUCGAUGCCAAGCUGAAGGCAUGA